CGAUACAUACAUGUGGUUAACUUAAGUAUACAAUCGACGGCGUCACAUUUAAAUUAAAAUAUUAAAAUAAAUCAAUAAAAAAUAUAAUUUUUUAAGAUUUUAUAUUAUUCGUUCCUUUUUUUUAAUAUAACAAUGAGCAAAAGUAUCUUAAAGGAAGCUUUUGAAGUAGAAUCUAUGUAUGGUGCUUUUUACACAGGAGGUGAUAUUCAUUGGACUAUCGACGGAAAAUAUAUAUUUUGUCAAAAAUGCGGGGUUAUAUCUGUGUUAUCAGUAGACACAGGUACUGUGAUUCAAUCUUUAGGAGAAACAGAGGAAGAACAAGACGAGGAUACAAUCCAUUGUUUUGCUGUCAGCGACGACAAUUUGCAUAUAUUAGCUCACUGUAAAAGUAGUCUAUUUAAGUUAUGGAGUUGGAAAGAAAAUAAAUUAAUAAAAAUAUGGAAAUCUAUUCAUAAAGGACCAGUUGUAAAGAUCUCUUUUUUAAAUAGUAAAAAUUUGAUGGCUUCUGGGGGAAGUGAUGGUAGUAUUAGGUUAUGGAAUUUACAACAUCAUACUUGCAUGUGCAAUAUCAAAGGAAUACAAGGUGUUAUUAGCGUGUUAGCAUUUCAUCCUGAUACUAAAAAAGAAUUAUUAUUUGGAGCAGGCGAUGAUACCAAGAUACACGGUUGGGAUAUUAAUACUGGCCAAGAAAAAAUUCUCCUUUCUGGGCAUUUUAGUAAAGUAACAUCACUGUGUUUUCAUCAUAAUGGCAUCAACUUAAUUAGUUCUGGAAGAGACAGGGUAUUAAUUUUGUGGGAUAUUUCUUCUGCAACUACAGUCCGUGUUCUACCUGUAUAUGAAGGAAUAGAAGGGGCUUUUAUCGUACCAAAUAAUAUUUCUUUUCCAAAUUGUCCACAUGGAACUAAAACAGAUUCUAUUUAUAUAGCUAGUGGUGGAGAGAAAGGUAUUGUAAAUAUUUGGGAAAUGAAUAGUGGUAGAAAAUGUUAUGCACAACAGAAUUCCUUGGUAUCUGCAGCCAAAGAGGAAGGGGGCCUUUCCAUUAUGCAUUUACUUUAUAAUCAAGUUAUUAAUAGCUUUGCUGUAGUUUCUGUAGAUCAUAAUAUAAUUAUACAUUCUAUGAAUACAUUUGAAUGUACAAAACAAAUAGUAGGAUAUACAGAUGAAAUAUUAGAUAUUGCUUAUGUUGGAAAUGAAGACUCGCACAUUGCACUCGCAAGUAAUAGUUCGGAUAUAAAAUUAUACGAACUCAAUUCCAUGAAUUGUCAAUUACUUUCUGGUCAUACUGACAUCGUUUUAUCUCUUGCUACAACUCCUGCCAAUAGACAAUUACUUAUAUCUUCAGCUAAGGAUAAUAGUAUUCGAAUAUGGUUUAUGGAUAAGGAAACAACUAAAAUGACAUGCAUUGCAUCUGCUGUUAGACAUACAGCUUCAGUUGGCUCUGUUAUUAUUUCACAAUUAUCAGCAAAGUUCUUUGCAUCAGUCAGUCAGGAUUCAUGUCUUAAACUUUGGUCUUUACCUGAAAAUAUGGCAGCAGCAUCUGAACAAAUUGUCGUGAAUGCAACUCAUACAGUGUUAGCACAUCAGAAAGAUAUUAAUAGUGUAACAAUUUCACCAAAUGAUAAGUUUAUUGCAACUGGAUCUCAAGACAAAGCUGCCAAGUUAUGGUCUGCUGAUGAUCUUCAAUUACUUGGUGUAUUUAACGGUCAUCGCAGAGGUGUAUGGUGUGUACGAUUUUCGCCAAUCGAUCAAGUAUUGUUGACAACAUCCGCAGAUUGUACAAUUAAGAUAUGGUCAUUGUCUGAUCUUUCUUGCUUGAAGACUUUGCAGGGACAUGAAUCUUCUGUUUUAAGAGCUGAAUUUAUGUCCCGUGGUAUGCAAUUGAUUACCGCAGGUGCAGAUGGUCUUUUAAAACUUUGGUGUAUUAAAACAUCCGAAUGUAUUUGCACCUUGGAUAAGCAUGAAAAUCGUGUAUGGGCACUUGGUGUUAGUAAAGACGAAAAACAUGUUAUUAGUGGUGGAAGUGAUUCUUUAUUGGUAAUUUGGAGAGAUGUAACUGAAGAGAAAAAGAAUCAAAUGGCUGCAGAAAAAGAACGAAUUAUAUUAGAAGAACAAAAAUUAGCAAAUUUACUUCAAGCAAAUGAAUUAUCUACUGCAUUACAAAUAGCUUUGGAAUUGGAGCGUCCAUUACAAGUUUUAAGGAUUGUAGAAGGCAUUUUAAAAGGAGAAAGUAAUGAAUUAAAAAAAACAAUUCAUGAAAUGACACCUUCUUGUAAGGAAGCUUUAUUGCGUUGUGCAGUUACAUGGAAUACUAACAGUAAAAAUGCAGAAGCUGCUCAGACAGUUAUACAUGUAUUAACAAGUGAAAUGGAAAUAGAAGAUCUUCAAACCACGGGUCUAUUGUCUUCUCUUGAAGGCAUGAUACCUUAUACAGAACGUCAUUUUAAAAGAUUGACUCGUCUUAUGCAAGAUCUACAUCUAUUAACUUAUACUGUUAAUAGAAUGAAACCACAUAUUACACUAAAUGGUACAGAUAAUAUAAGAAAUGUUACUUAAAUAAAUUCAAAAUAAACAUAGUAUUUGGAUUCAA